AUGAAGCUUAACCCGGCAAAAUGCAGAUUUGCCGUAGCGUCGGGGAAAUUCCUCGGUUACCUAGUGACGUACCGCGGUAUCGAAACUAAUCCAAAACAGAUCGAUGCACUGAUCGAGAUGGCUUCGCCCAAAAACAGGAGGGAAGUACAGAGAUUAACCAGGAGAGUCGCAGCACUUAACCUAUUCAUCUCGCGAUCAACGGAUAAAUGCUUACCUUUCUACGAUAUCCUACGGGGGAACAAAAAAUUCGUGUGGUCAGAAGAGUGCGAAAAUGCUUUUCAGCAGCUGAAACGCGUGCAAAAUCCCAAGUACUUGCAUAGUCCAAGCCAGUCGGGAAGACUAGCCAAAUGGGCAGUCGAGUUAAGUGAGUACGAUAUAGAAUACCGACAAAAAAUGAGUGCAAAAUCCCAAGUACUCGCAGAAUUUUUGGUAGAGCUGCCGACGGGAAUCGUGACUAACAAGGAACCAAAUUCGACAUGGGUUCUUUACGUCGACAGAUCGUCAUCUAAGCAAGGAUCGGGCAUCGGAAUUCACCUCACGUCACCAAACAGUGAAAUCCUAGAACAAUCGUUUAGACUGGAAUUUCACGUGUCCAACAACGAGGCCGAAUACGAAACGCUCAUUGUAGGACUACGAUUAGCUCAUGGAUUGACGAUACGCAACAUCCAUGCCUACUGUGAUUCUCAGCUAGUCACAAGUCAAUAUAGCAGAGAAUAG